AUGACCAAGCCAGAUAUAGAAAAUCAAGAACCAAGAGAUGAACGUCUCAUGGUACUGGAUAAUGCAAACCCAGAAAGUUAUGGUAAUUCAGGGCCAAAUGAUGAAGAUCAUCCAGUUUCAAAAAUUGUAACCGAAGGUGAUUAUAUCACUUUUGGUAAUGAAAGGUAUAAAAAAGCAGAUUUAAUGGCUGCUUUUGGUGGUACUUUAAAUCCAGGUUUAUCACCACCACCAAAGAAUGAUUUUGCAAAUCCUGCCCCAUUAGGUUUAAGUGCUUUCGCUUUAACUACUUUUGUAUUAAGUUUAAUUAAUUGUAAAGCUAGAGGUGUAACAAUUCCAAAUAUUGUUGUUGGUUUAGCUUUCUUCUAUGGAGGUGCAGCUCAAUUAAUUGCUGGAUUAUUUGAGAUUGCUGUUGGAAAUACUUUUGGUGGUGUUGCUUUAUCAUCAUAUGGUGGAUUUUGGUUAUCUUGGGCUGCUAUUCAUGUUGAAUCUUUUGGUAUUUUAGCUGCUUAUGAAGGUAAAUCAGAUGAGUUGGCUAAUGCUUUGGGUAUUUACUUGAUUGGUUGGUUCAUUUUCACAUUUUUCUUGAUGCUUAUGACUGUUAAAUCUACUGUUGCAUUUUUCGGAGUAUUUUUCUUUUUGACAAUUACAUUUUUGUUACUAGCUAUCGGUGAAUUUUCAGGAAAAUCAAGUGUACAAACUGCCGGAGGUGUAUUCGGAUUGAUCACCGCUUUCUUUGCUUUUUAUUGUGCCUACAGCGGUAUAGCCAAUGCUCAAAAUAGUUAUAUCACAGUCAAAGCUAUCCCAUUACCUGAUCUUGAAGAAAAAUGGAAGAAAAACUAG